AUGCCUCUGGGAAAGCAAAAUCGCCAGUGUUGUCCGAACCUAUGUCUAGGUAAUGAUCGUCUUCGACGAGGGGAAGAACAAAUUCUCCAAGGACAUGCACGCCCUCCUGGCGAACAGGCGGACAGGCUGAUUGAUCUUGUCGACUUCAAUGCCCGUGUGGGGACAGACUGCACUGUCUGGAAGGGGGUGCUGGUUUCCCAUGGAGUCAGGGAUCGCAGCGAUGACAGCUUCCUCCUGCGAAUCGACACAGACCACCCUUUCCUCCCAACCAAUACCUCCCGUCUCCUUGUGUGUGAGGAGGCCACCUGGGUGCACCAGUUGUCACGGCGCUGGCAGCUGCUGGACUACGUUCUCGUCCGGAGACGAGAUCGGGAAGGCAUGCUGGUGACCAAGGCGACCCGCGACGCCGACGGCUGGACCGAUUACCGCCUCGCCAUAUUUAGAACGAAGCUCCGUAUGCAACUUCGCAGGGGAUCACAUGAUAAGCGAACGGAAGGCAAGUUAAAUAUUGUUCUAACGAAUGUGCCUACUCAUUACUUCUACUUGGGCAGUCGAUUGACUUAG